GUUUUGUUUGCGUGCAGUGGUGUGUACUGUCACUGUCUGGGACCGACCGACAUGGCUUAAAGACCUAGCUGGUCUUGCUGCAAGCUGCAGUUAGGAAAUACCACAUUACGAACGUCAGCGUUAAGAGCAGACUGCGUAGGUGAAUCUUGUGUCCAGUUCUUUGUAUCCUGCACAUGUGGUAGAUGAUCCAGAAACGUAGUCAGAAAACCACACUGCAACAAUGCCAGAGUCCUCACUGGUCAAAGAGGGUCACAGCAGCUCAGCUGAAUGUAGAGCAUCCCCCAUGAGGCAGUUUAGCCUGUCAUCGCUGCCACUGCACAGAAGUUCCUACAUGUUCAGUACUUUCUGCACUGAGCACAACGUGAAAGAAUGUCUAUCACAUAUCAAUCAGGAGGUGUCAUCUAUUGGCCUCCCACCAGUCUGGACAGAGUCGACCGACAGCUCAGAGCUAAAUAUUGUGCCUGUGCUAAAUUGCAUGUAUGACCUGAUUCAGUUGCACCGCAGGGGCCUCAGAACCCUGGAAAACAUGGAAGUGGAGCAGCUCAAGUCCAACAGCAAUGUGGACCAUCUGCAGCUCACCACCACUCGACUAAAGGAACAGCUUGAACUUUCUAAAAGAGAAAACACAGGACUUCUUGAGAGAGAACGGCAGCUACAGCUGAAAGUGAAGAGUUUGCAGAACUGCCUGAAAAAUGAAAAAGAGGAGGUACAAAAACUUCAGAACAUAAUUGCAAGCCGCGCCAGUCAGUACAAUCAUGAGAUGAAAAGGAAGGAAAGAGAAUUUAACAAACUGAAGGAGCGAUUGAAUCAACUUCUGGUGGAUAAAAAGGAGAAGAAACAAGCCAUUGAUGUAUUAAACAGCAUUGGGAGAGCUGAUGGGAAGAGAAGUCUUUGGAGAACAGAUAAGACAGAGGCAAAGCACGAGGGUGAGAUGUAUAAGACUCUGCUGAGCGACUACGACACCAGACAGAGGGAGCUUGUGCUGGAAAAUGCAGAGCUGAGGAAAGUGUUGCAGCAGAUGAAAAAAGACAUGGUGUCCAUUCUGAAUUCAAGAAAAUCUGCUCUGAAAGGCGACAGAUAUGAACAUGGCAGCAUACAGGAUGGACAGGCUGCCUCAGAGGAAGAAGAGGAAGAGGCGUUUGAUUCCAGUAAGGAAAGCGUAGAGCUGUAUUGUGUUCAAGCCCGGGAGAAACUAACCAACAGUAUUCGUCUCCAGUGGAGAAGACUCAAGAGCCAUGUUGAAAGACUGGACAGCCAAGUAUCUUUGGCUCAGAUUGGUGUGAGUAAAAACACUGAUGCUGUUCCUCGAGAGACCCAUGAGGAGGAGAUGGACAGACUAAAGCUGGAGAUCCAGCAGUGCAAAGACUUUAUUCAAACACAGCAGCAGCUUUUACAGCAGCAGCUAAGCUCUUCAUGUGAUGAGGAGGCUGCAUCCCUGCUCAGCGACUGCUACAUGCUACAGGAGAAGGAGCGCCUCAGAGAGGAUUGGAAGACCUUAGAUGAACAGAGAAGGAUCUUUGAGAGGGAGAGGAGCAACUUCACUGAAGCAGCUAUUAGACUGAGCCAUGAGAGGAAGGCCUUUGAGGAGGAUCGCGCGACAUGGCUCAAACACCAGUUUUUAAACUUGAGUCCAUUUGCAGAUUCAAAGAAACCCCUGCUAUCAAAGUCUAAAAGUGCCUUUUUAAUAUCAACCGAAACAGAGGUGAAUGCAACUGCAGAAAAGCUCAUCAAUUGCCAUUCAGGCACACUCUCCCCCACAGCCAGAGGUGUCCCACUCACAUCACCUUCCACGGCUGACCUGUACCGAACACUUUGCCUUAUUCCCGAAAACAGCACAACGAAACCAAAGAAAGAGACAGGGCGUGUUGAAGAAUCAAGCAUCUUUUGUGGAAAUGUUCCAGUCCGUCACAAACAGUGGGAUGACAGCGAAGACGACAGUCGUCGCAUACUCACACGGGAAAAGAACAGCUCUAUAUGAAGCCAGAAACUUUCAUCAGUUGAAUUGUUGUUUGUGUCCAUUAAAUAUAAAUGUGAAUACUUGAAGAUAGACAGUAGCUGCCAAGCAAGAGUUCUGGUUAGCUACUCGUGAACUGUGACUGACAGAAACAGUCACACUCGUGAACAGUGUGACAGUUUUAGUAUGUGAUAAAUUAUUUAUUUAUAUGGUACUGCAGAUAUAUCUUAAGUUUAGCAUGUUAAUCUACCUUUUCAGUUCAGAUGUGCAACAAAGCAAGAAGUUACAUGCCCUGGUAUUACGACAUGGCUUGCCCUGAAUGUUCACGUUAUUUUAUCAUGUUACACUUGAUGUUACUGAUAAUUGUCAGAUUUGGUGCUGCCAUUACUCUUAAUGCAAUAAUUGACAGGGUGAAAUAGAAUAAACGUAGUAUGUGUGUGUUUAGUUUUAAUAUUAGCAGCAUUUCUUUGUAGAAAAUGUUGCAGUUAGGUUGCUAGCAGAUGAUGUAUGAUGUUGCUGUUGAACAUGAAGAAACACAAUAACAUAAUGUCAUAAAAGUUGAGGCUUGGUCACUGUUGCAGAUAUAUGAAUGUAAAUUCGUAUCACUUUUUUUUUUUAUUACUCAGCUUAUCUUAGUGGAUUUAUAUUGGCACUGGAAUGUGAUGAAUUGAUCUAGGAAAUCUUCAUUAUAAUUUUGUAAACACAAAAAUUUUUAC